GACACGUUGAAAACAACGAUGCGGUGGAAUCAGGGCUCGGAUCGUGGACAUGAACAACCCACUAGUGGCAGGAAUAUCAGCGAAAAAACCAAGGACUCCGCCGACUCCCGAGUGCAGUGUAUAGUUCUGGGAAAGGAGAGUUUAGCGUUAAAAUAAAUGUCAAGUCACUUGAUACAGCCACGAAGGUUAAACGUUAAACCACGAGCAGUGUGUUGGUCACCGUGCGGUCCACUGGCCAGUGACGGCUAGGCCGUGCCCGCAGCGGGAAUAUUUCAAUCUGAAUAUGACCUUUAUUUCCCACGCUGUAAAGAGUCCAAACAGCAGCAUCGUGAUUCGCAAACUCAAACUCGUUAUACUUGCCUAUCAUGCCUCCCAUGGCGUUGACCGGAAUUGUCACUAAAGCCGGCUGCAUGCGCAAGACAGCCACUGUGACUGUUUCACGCCAUGUCAUCCACAAAUUAACCGGAAAACGCAUUGAACGAAGCAAAAAGAUCUUAACACACGACGAACAAGAAGUCCUUCGAUUGAACGAUGCCGUGUUGAUACGAAACUGCCCUCCGAUAUCUGCGCGGAAACGCUUUAAGCUGGAAAAGAUCUUGAAGAGUCCAGAGACAGAGCGGGAUUUGGCACAUAUGCAAGCUGCACAACAGUCGUAGGGGUGUAAUUGCACUGUGUUAAUGUAGGCGUUCAUUCAAUAAGCAUUCAUUUCAAAUAUAUGUGCUACUAACACGCUUUCGACUGUCCCAGCGUUAUGCCCAAAUGAUGCAAAACUUCACGUCUAGA